AUGUGCGGGAUGGGAGAGGAGAGGUUGCCGAGAAUUGUAUGGGAGGCAAAGUGGGCAAACAAAAACAGGGGUAGACAACCCACGGAAUGGGUCAAGGUUGUAGAGGACGUAUGGAAGGGGAUCGACAUCGACGAACAUGAAACGCUGGAAACGGAGGGUCUACAGGGGUUCAAGGAGAAGAUAUCUGUUGCUUGUGCCGAGAGAGAAGAACAGAAUCUAAGGAAAGAAUCCAAGGAUAAGGAGGGUCUAGAAGUGUACGGAAUGUUGAAGGAAGGAAUAGGGUUCAAGGACUACCUACAUGGACCAAUGGAUGCAGGAACAAAGCUUAAGGUCAAAUUCAGGACCGGGGAUAUAGGCCUUCGAGAACGUCGACGAAGACAUAGGGCGGUAGGCGAGGAAGACGACGAGUUCAAAUGUGAUUGCGGCUUCGAAUGCGAAGACCGUGUUCAU